UACUUCCAUACAAACCAAAAUUUUAUUUUUCUUAUAUUAGUCAAAAAUGUCGUACAAAUACUUUCUAAUUGCUUGCGAAGUGCUUACCUUUUUGAAAGAAGCGAUCCAUUUCUUUCUUUUGAAUAAAUGCGCACAAAUUUCUUUGCUGAUGGGUAAACCAUACUAUCGACCACUAUCGCCCACUAUCGAAACAUUGAACCAUCGAUAGUUUAGUAGCGCGAUAGUGCCUUACCAUCGAUAGUGUCGAUAGUGCCAUCGAUAGCUCUCCACCUCUAGUAACAAGUUUGUGCUCUACCACAUUGAAAACAAGUGCAAUAUUAAUUAAGUAAUGACCGGUUGAGUGCAUGUCCAUACAUACAUAUGUACAUGCAUAUAUAGAGUACACACAGAUGCUGGGAAAAGCCAUCCGGACAAAUGACAAACGAUGUUAUAACAGAAAAUAGCAAAAUAAACAGCAAAAUCGCGCACAUCUCCGGGUUUUACUGUACUUGAAAUAUGGACUGCGCAGCGCAACAGCCGCAGUCGCAGCCACAACAACAAGAAGAAGCACCAGCAGAGGCAGAACAGCACACACAUGGACGACGACGGCUGCGACAACAACUCACACAGAUACAGCCGUCGCAGGCGCAUCCACACAUGUGGAUUCUGUUGAGCAUUUUGACAAUAUUUUGGCCGCAGUAUUCGAGUGGAGCCGAUCUGGUGAUCAAUGUCCCCAAUGCGAGCAGCAAUGACAAUGCCUUCUACAGGAUCGACUACAGUCCGCCGUUUGGCUAUCCGGAACCGAACACCACGAUACCGGCCAGCGAGAUUGGCAAGGACAUCAAGUUCUCCCGCGCCCUGCCCGGCACCGAGUACAACUUCUGGCUGUACUACACAAACUCCACGCACCAGGAGCUGCUCACCUGGACGGUGAACAUCACAACAGCUCCCGAUCCGCCAGCGAGUCUGAGCGUACAGUUGCGCUCCAGCAAGAGCGCAUUCAUCACAUGGAAGCCCCCAAGGACGGGCAAUUAUUCGGGCUUUCGGAUCAAGGUGCUGGGUCUCACCGAUCUGCCCUUCAAUCGGAGCUAUGCGCUGGACGACAGAGAGACGCUCCAGUUGUCGGUCAAGGAGCUGACACCGGGCGGCAGCUACCAAGUGCAGGCCUAUACCAUCUACCAGGGCAAAGAGUCGGUGGCCUACACGAGUCGCAACUUCACCACAAAGCCGAAUACGCCGGGGAAGUUCAUUGUGUGGUUCCGGAACGAGACGACGCUCCUGGUGCUGUGGCAGCCGCCGUUUCCGGCCGGCAUCUACACUCACUACAAGGUCUCGAUCACGCCGGACGAUGCCAUCGAGAGUGUGCUCUAUGUGGAGCGCGAGGGCGAGCCGCCGGGUCCGGCGCAGGCGGCAUUCAAGGGCCUCGUCCCAGGGCGGGAAUAUAAUAUAUCCGUGCAGACGGUGUCCGAGGAUGAGACCUCGUCUGUGCCGACCACAGCACGCUACCUCACGGUGCCGGAGCGCGUACUGAAUGUGACCUUUGACGAGGCCCACACCACGUCCAGCUCGUUCCGGGUGCGAUGGGAACCGCCGCGCACCUACAGCGAAUUCGAUGGCUACCAGGUGAUGUUGUCGACAUCGCGGCGAAUCUUCAAUGUGCCUCGCACGGACGCCGCCAGCGUCACCUUCGACUACCCCGAUAUCCUGGAGCCGGGACGCACCUACGAUGUGGUGGUGAAGACCAUUGCCGACAAUGUCAACUCGUGGCCGGCCACUGCGGUGGUGACGCUGCGUCCACGACCCGUACGCUUCUUGGGCGGUUUCCUGGACGAUCGCAGCAAUGCGCUGCACGUCUCUUGGGAGCCGGCGGAGACGGGCAAACAGGACGGGUAUCGCAUCAGAUACCAUGAGCAAACGAACGACAGUGAGGUGGCUGUGGCAUCGCUCCAUUCCGCUCCAUCAGCUCUGGACACGGUGAUAGACACCGCGCUCACAGAGUACACGCUGGACUCUCUGCAGGCGGGUAGGCGCUAUCUGGUCGGGGUGCAGGCCCUCUCGAAUGGCGUCGCCUCGAAUGUCACGUACAUCACACGCUACACUCGGCCGGCAGCGCCCAUCAUCCAGGAGCUGCGCAGCAUACCCUUGGGCCUGAAUAUCAGCUGGAAGAGCGAUGUGAAUUCACAGCAGGAUCGCUACGAGGUGCACUACCAGCGGAAUGGCACGCGCGAGGAGCGCACCAUAGCCACCAAUGAGACGGGGCUGACGAUCAACUAUCUGCACGCGGGCUCCGGCUAUGAGAUCAAGGUGUAUGCCAUCAGUCAUGGCAUACGCAGUGAACCGCACUCCUACUUCCAAGCUGUCUUUCCCAAACCGCCGCUUAAUCUCACACUUCAGACGGUGCACACAAAUCUGGUGGUGCUCCAUUGGCAGCCGCCGGAGGGCAGCGAUUUCAGCGAGUAUGUGGUGCGCUAUCGCACGGCUGCAUCGCCAUGGCAGCGGCUGGCCAAUGUCCAUGAGAGUCAUGCCCGCAUCGAGGACAUGCACUACGGGGAGCGGUAUCUCAUCCAAGUGAACACCAUCAGCUUUGGCGUGGAGAGUCCCAGUCCAUUGGAGCUGAACGUCACCAUGCCGCCCCAUCCAGUGUCGAAUGUGGUGCCGCUGGUCGACUCGCGCAAUCUCACCCUCGAAUGGCCCCGUCCCGAUGGACACAUCGACUACUAUACCCUCAAGUGGUGGCCCACCGAUGAGGGGGAUCACGUCGAAUACAAGAAUGUCACACAGCUGGAGGAUUUGACAUCGCCCAGCGUGCGGAUACCCAUUGAGGAUUUGUCGCCCGGCAGACAGUACAAAUUCGAGGUGCAGGCCAGCUCCAAUGGCAUACGAUCGGGUGUCACGCACCUCUCUACGCGCACCAUGCCUCUGAUCCAGUCGGAUGUGUUCAUUUCGAAUGCCCGAGCAGGCGGGACGGAGCAGGCCGAAAGCGAUGGCAACGGCAAUGGCAAUGGCGAGGAGGAGACCAUCACAUUGAGCUACACCCCGACACCGGCGUCGAGCACACGUUUCGACAUCUAUCGCUUCUCGAUGGGCGAUCCCCAGAUCAAGGACAAGGAGAAGAUGGCCAACGAUACGGAGCGCAAGCUGACAUUCUCGGGUCUAUCGCCGGGUCGUCUGUACAAUGUGACCGUGUGGACGGUGAGCGGUGGCGUGGCCAGCCUGCCCAUCCAGCGGCUGUACAGGCUCCAUCCGUUGCCGAUCAGCGGCCUGGAGGCCACACAGGUGGCGGCCCGUGAGAUCAGCCUGCGCUGGACGGCGCCCGCGGGGGAGUUCACCGACUUUGAGCUGCAGUAUCUCAGCGCCGACGAGGAGGCACCGCAGCUGCUGCAGAAUGUCACGAGGCUGACACAGAUAACGCUCCAUGGACUACGACCGUACCACAACUAUACCUUUACGGUGGUUGUGCGCUCCGGGAGCAGCGGCACCAGCAGCAGCAGCACGGGCCGAGAGGAUGGUCAGUCGCCGCCCACCCUGAUGCGCAGCAGUGCCCCGAUCUCGGCCAGCUAUCAGACACUGGCCGCGCCACCCGGCCGCGUCGACUACUUCCAGCCCAGCGAUGUGCAGCCCGCGGAGGUGAGUUUCGUGUGGCUGCUGGAGCCACGUGAACAGCACGGGCCCAUCGAUUAUUUCCGCAUCAGUUGCCAGAAUAUCGACGAUGCGGCGGAUAUUGUGGCCAGCCAGGAGUUCCCGGCAAACGCCACCCAUGGGCGGAUCGAUAGCCUGGUGCCCGGCAACAAGUACAUCUUUCGCAUUCAAGCGAAAUCCGCCUUGGGCUUCGGCGCCGAGCGAGAGCAUGUCCAGCUGAUGCCCAUUCUGGCGCCCCCCGUUCCCGAGCCGAGUGUUACGCCCCUGGAGGUGGGGCGGACGAGCAGCACCAUUGAGAUCAGCUACCGGCAGAGCUACUUCUCCAAUGCCCAUGGGCUGGUGCGCUUCUACACGAUCAUUGUGGCGGAGGAUGUGGGCAAGAAUGCCUCUGGCUUGGAGAUGCCCAGCUGGCAGGACGUGCAGUCGUAUACAGUGUGGUUGCCCUAUCAGGCCAUCGAGCCUUACAAUCCCUUUGCCGCCGCCUCUGGGGUGGCCUCGGCGGACGCGCGUGUCGUCAGGAGCAGCAUGAGCUCCAUGGGUGGCUCCCUCUUGGAGCACUUUACGAUCGGAUCGGCCAACUGCGAUAAACAUAGGACGGGAUAUUGCAAUGGGCCGCUGCGAGCGGGCACCACGUACCGGAUCAAGGUGCGUGCCUUCACCGACGACGACAAGUUCACGGACACCGCAUACAGUGUGCCCAUCACAACGGAGCGCAACGACACCCUCAUUGUGGUGGUCACGAUGCUGUCGCUGGCUCUGAUUGCCGCCAUUCUGCUGGUGGCGUACUGCCAGCGGCGCUGUCAUCUUAUUCGUCGCGCCUCCAAGCUGUCGCGGAUGCAGGACGAGCUAGCCGCCUUGCCCGAGGGCUAUGUGACGCCCAAUCGGCCCAUUCAUGUGAAGGACUUUGGGGAGCACUACCGACUGAUGUCCGCCGACUCGGACUUUCGCUUCAGUGAGGAGUUUGAGGAGCUGAAGCAUGUGGGACGCGAUCAGGCCUGCAGUUUCGCCAAUCUGCCGUGCAACCGGCCAAAGAAUCGUUUCACCAACAUCCUGCCCUACGACCAUUCGCGCUUCAAGCUGCAGCCGGUGGACGAUGACGAUGGCUCGGACUACAUCAACGCCAACUACAUGCCCGGCCAUAACUCGCCGCGUGAGUUCAUCGUCACCCAGGGACCGCUGCAUUCGACGCGCGAGGAGUUCUGGCGCAUGUGCUGGGAGAGCAACUCGCGGGCCAUUGUCAUGCUGACGCGCUGCUUCGAGAAGGGGCGCGAGAAGUGCGACCAGUACUGGCCUGUCGAUCGUGUGGCCAUGUUCUAUGGCGACAUUAAGGUCCAACUGAUCGUCGAUACGCAUUUCCGGGACUGGAGCAUCUCCGAGUUCAUGGUCUCCAGGAACUGCGAAUCGCGGAUCAUGAGGCACUUCCACUUCACCACUUGGCCGGACUUUGGGGUGCCGGAGCCGCCGCAGUCGCUGGUGCGUUUCGUGCGCGCCUUUCGCGACGCCAUCGGCACCGAUAUGCGUCCCAUUAUUGUCCACUGCAGCGCAGGCGUCGGAAGAUCGGGCACUUUCAUUGCCCUCGAUCGGAUACUGCAGCACAUUCACAAGUCCGACUAUGUGGAUAUUUUUGGCAUUGUGUUUGCCAUGCGCAAGGAGCGCGUUUUUAUGGUGCAGACGGAGCAGCAGUAUGUGUGCAUCCAUGUGUGCCUGCUGGCGGUGCUCGAGGGGAAGGAGCAUCUGCUGGCCGAUUCUUUGGAGCUGCAUGCCAAUGACGGCUACGAGGUGACUAAAAUUUACUUAGAGCGCCCGAAUCAGCAACUGCAGCAGCAGCAGCAGCAACAGCAAAUGAAACCCAAAAUGGGAACCCUCGGAGCAGCCAUGGGAGCCAAGACCUUGAGGGCAUCACUGGCACUGGCCGAGGAGUUGGACCAGGAGCUGAUGGGAAAGCAGGAGGAGGAGCACGCGAUGACAGGUGUAGCCCUAUCGGACAUAAUCAUUAAACCGAAUGAAGAAGCUGAUCCGGAGGAAGCUGAGGAAGACGACGAGGAGGACGAUGAUGACGAUGAUGAUGAUCAGCAGCCAUUGAACAAUGAGACGACAGCCACAUUGUCGACAGCCAGCAGUAGCAGUAUUAGUGAGGAUCAGGUGGAUCAUCAGGAACAGCAGCAGCAACAGCACAAACAGCGUGACCAGGGAAGGAUUUGCCCCAAGUCCGAUGCAGAGACCGACGAAGAUGAUGACGACGAUGACGAUGACGAAGACGGGGACAAGGAAGAUGGAGUUGGGGCCAAGCGUCGCGAGGCUGAUGAGGAUGGAUGGUGGUAGUGAUAAGAGAAAGGUCCGCUUUUAGAUGACGAAGGAAUCGCCGAGACGGGCAUCUAACGAAUGGGAAUCAAUGGAUGGGAUACACACACACACACACACACAUCGAUAUAUUAUAUACACUAGUAGUAGUAGCUAUUAGAUAUUAGGUAUUAGCAUUUUUUUUUACAUAUCUACUUGUACGUAAAAUCUGCCUGUGAUGUGCUGGAUGUGAUUUGUCUACAGCGGCAUACGGAGUUGCUGGAGGAGAAGUCAGAGAUGUCUGUCUGCCAUCGUGCUCGCCGCUCAAUGACGCCAAAACUAGAUAAAAACCACAAGAGCGUAACCUUAAGCUUCAGGUGUAACUAUUAUCCCCUAUCCCCUAUAGUCCCCCCCGUCCCCCCGUCCCGUAGUUUGUCCUCUGUUCCCCAGAAUUGUGUAUAGAUUUGUAAAUUAGCUCUGUCCUCCCUUCUGAUCCGCAUUGAUUUUUGUUGUGCGACUACUAUUCUUAUUUGUAUUAUUUGUAUUAUCCCCAAGCCCCCGAACCAUGAUCAAUUGUGUUUAAUGUUUAUUAUUAUUAUGCAGCUUAGAUACGUUUUAUCGUUAGACUUUAGUCAGCAUUUAGUCAGAAAAAUGUUUAGCUCUAGCAAAAGUUUCCGGUCUGGUUUUGUACUGGCCAAAUGGUGGGUAUCCAUAUUCCCUAUAUGGGAUCGCUCAGAUCUGUUUUGGCCAGCAGAAAGCAGGCAGCAGGAACAGCAAUAGCUAGCUUUUUAGCAUUUAUUUUAACUUUACAUUUAUUUAAUUAUUGUAUUGUAUUUUUUUUGUCGAAUGUGCAAACGCACCUCCCCACCCCCCCCACACAGAAAAUCAAUAAAUUUAUAUAUUGAGAACAUGAA